AUGCUUGAAGAACUUUGGAUACAACUUUUCCAAUCUUUUAAGAUUGUCAUAAUACUAUUGAUUUGUUACAUUCUACUUCAAAAGUUAAUAAACGCAAUAAUACUUGGAUUCGUACGAUGGAAACAAAUAAAAGUAAAACGUUUCUAUUUUAGAUUUUUAUUAGGCACAACAAUAUAUGGUAUUAGAAUCACCACAGAGAGAUUUGAUUUAAAGAUAGCAAGAGUAUACUUAAAGAUCGGUUGGAAACCUUCUAUUAAUUUCCACGGAAUAGAUCUGUUGAUAUUUGAUGACCAAGAUAUUGACUCAAAGGAAACACUCCGGUCGCCUAAUGAUACUAGAAAUAGUUAUUUUGAUGCAAUUAAUGAAACGUUCAAUUUUAGAGUCCAUAAACGAUAUUUAAUUUGGGUUCGAGGAUUAUUGUCCCUCAAUACAUUUGUACGAUCGGCAAAGAUUAAAGGACCUCAUGGCCUGUCUACGUCCUUCAAUCUUUGUACGUUAACAAUUAUUCAUAAAGAAGAUGAUAGAUUCGUUAUGGAAUAUUUCCUUCAUGGGUUAUCAAAUACAAAGACAUACGAAACUGUCAAUUAUGUUGGAUUUCAUCUCAGCUUUAAGAUGUCUAAGACUGCAGUCGAAAAGGAUGAUUACGUAAAAUUGUCUAUCAGUGAAUGGCAUACUUCUUUGAAAAUUGGUGAUGCCCAUAUCAAAAUUGAUAAACAUAUGUCAGCUAAAGAGAUUAACGAAGAUAUACAAAAAGAAAAUUUUAAUUAUAAACAAAUGAAAAAAUUAAUACAUAUGAGAGCUUCGAAAAUUGUCAAAUCGUUAAAAAACCCUCUAAGAAGCCUUAAUGUUCUGGAUGUUAAGGUCGAAAAUUUAAGAAUUACAUGUAAACGAAUUGCUUCUGUGAACAUUUCUAGUAUUCAGUUAUACUUAGAAGCAGUUAAUGUAGCAAAUUAUGAUACCGCAUUAGAUAUUCUUCCCCCAAAUAAACAUAUGUGGGGAGAUUAUGAGAUUGCCAUUUCUGCAAACUCAAUCUUAUUCAAAGUUGAUGAAUUAUCAACAUUUAGAAUUCCAUUGGUUAACAUUAUUAUUACCACUAAUAUUAUCUUACAUUAUGCAGAAGAUUUCCCUUUCAAUCAAACAAGUCUUUCAGUUACGUCUAACAUCGUUAAUCCAUCUAUAUUUUCGACUAUAUCUGAAAUUACGAAAGUCCUGAAAUCUUUGAAUUCAAAUAAACCUAACACAACGUUGGUUACAAAACAUGAUAACGAACAAAUUCCUAAUCCAUAUAUUGAGUACUUAAUUGCCAUAUCAAAAGAUUUAACAAAUCUUCCUAAUGUCAUCUUUGAAUUUAAUAUCGCAAAUUUCACGUCAACUUUUCAAAUAUCUGAUAAUGAGAAUAUAAUUUUAAAAGUAUUAAAUGCACAAUCACUCCUGGGUCGUUGUCACACAACAAAUGUAAAAGUGAAAGAUUUGGUAUCUUUAGAAGGUGAUCCUAUGCCUAGUGUUAAAUUUCAUGGAAAAUCUUCAUUCUCAAACUUUGUUAAAAUUGUUGGAACUGAGUUUUCGUAUCUAAAAUUGUCCCAUAAUCAACUUGGUGAAGCGGUUAGCAUUCCGAUAUGUGGAUUUGAAAGACUAGAUAUAUUCUUAGACGAAUUUUCAAGAACAAAAAUGGCCACCCAAUGUACUCUAAGACAUGCAUAUCUAACAUUCGAUGAUAAAGUUGUGUUAGAAAGACUCCACUCAUCUUCAACUGCGUUAUUACAGAUGAUAUCAGAACACAAGAAGAACAUUACAAUAAAAGAUGGAACAUUAAGUAGUUCGUUUAUGUCAAGGAGUAACAUAGAAUUUGCUAUACGAUUCAGGAUGAAAGAUUUAAUUCUGUCGGCAGUCAUUGCAUCUUACAUUCCUGAACUUUUGGAUCCUUUGGGCACAGAUAAUUUUAAUCUCAGUGAUAUAGACAGAGGUAUGAGAAUUAUUAUCAAAGAAUCAAUCUUUAAAAUAACCAACACAGUUAAAACUGUAGAAAUUAAUGAUGCCUCAGUAUAUCGUGUUAUGGAUAGUAAGUCCGCACAGGCUGUCUCAGAUUCUAUAGUAAAUUUUACCAAUUUGAAUAUAGUCAGAAACAUAAACGGCAGUACAACGUUUAACUUACCAGCAAUUCGAUUUAAACUUGAUAUUACAUUAGUUUGGCUUUUUUUUUAUCUUAGAAGUAUCUAUCAAAAGUAUAUGCCUAAGAGAGUCGGCCACCCAACUUCCAAACAUGGUGAUACAAGGCUACGCAAACUCAAUAGGAUAGAAAAGAUAUUAGAGUCGACAACAAUAAACAUUGAUAAAAUUCUCAUCCAAAUUACUUUACCUGAAGAUGUUCCAGUUCUACUUGUUAUAGAAAACAUACUUUAUUCCAAGGAAAACACAACACUGUACACAAGCUCAUUGAACAUGAUGGUCCAGUCAGUUUAUGUGGCCGAGUCAAGAGUUUUCUUCAAUUUAAUGGAUAUGUAUGAUUUAAAGAUGAAUAUUAGCAGUAUUUUAGAUUCCGGUAUAAUUGAGCUCGAGACUUCUUCUAUCAUCUUACAUACAGAAUACCAUUUUAAGUUUUAUAUGGUUCUGGACAAUGUUAUUACAGCGUAUAAAUCAUUCAAACAACUUAGAACUGCAUUUUCUGACCUGAAUAUAUUUAAUAGAGUUUACCCGUCAAUGCAGUAUCCCGCACAGAUUCCUCAUAUAAGGUUAAUUUCUGACAGUGUAUAUAUCAACGUUGAGGAAGAUCUUUUUGAACAAGAAUUAGGAUUAAUUUUGAAAGUAGGUAUCCUGGAACAAAGGGAAAGAUUAGCAAAAUUAAGAACACUAGAUGAAGAAAUAGAAAAAUUACAAUUACAGAUGAAUAACAACGAUAAUCCAGAUAAAAAGAUAAACAUUAAUAUGGGGAACGCAAUUAGUACCUAUAGGAGAAAAUUAAAUGAAAAUUUCUCAACUUCAUGGAUAUCUAGAAUAAGGAAGGCAAGACUUGCGUUCCAUGGAUUACCUAACACCGUUCAAGAAAUUGAAAUUUUGAAUUUCAGUUAUCAAUUCUUUUCCCAAAAGGAAAAUAAUACAGUAGCUAGCUUAGUAAUAAAAGACUUAGAUGCUAAAAUCCAUCCUCCUUCGUUUGAGGUGAACAAUUAUGACGAUUUUAUCUACACAUAUGGUAAAGGUGUUCCGAGAGGAAAAUCAUACACUUUACUUAUUCUUACUGGUAUAGAUUUUAAAACCUCUCUAUGGGAAUUAAAAUUGAGAGAUUAUCCAAUCCCGGUGUUAUCUCUUCCAGAUACACACACAACUGGUGAUAUUGUGUUUGCUGAAAAGAUGCCGGAACAACACAAAGGACUUCAUACAAUAUUCGUACCAUUCGUCCCGAGUACAGCCUCACAGAAAUAUUCUGCUGUUAAUUCAAUAUACUGUUCUAACAUUGUUCGUACAAUGAACUCUGUUAAAACGUACUUCAAUAUCAAGACAUUUGUGGAAUCUCCAUCACCGACACAUAUCACAUGGGGUAAAUCACUCCAACCUGGUUUUGAAUCAUUUAUGCUUUGGUUUGACUACUUAACUAAACCAAGACUGGACCCUUCUGCAAAACUUGGGUUUUGGGAUAAAUUUAGAUUCCUUUUCCACGGUGAAUGGACAUAUAAUUUUUCCAAAGAUAGUGACCUUAAUAUUAAUAUUAAAGGUGCACAUGAUCCGUAUAAGAUUGUUGACGAUGGAGCUGGGUUGACUUUUUGUUGGACAGGUGGUACUUCACUGAAAAUUCACAAUUCUCCUGAUCCUAAGGAAUUUUUAAAAUUCCAAUCCAAAAGUUUUAAACUUGGUGUAAGGGAUUUCACAGUAGCCAAUAAAUUUGAAAAAAUAUUUAUGCAAUUGGAUGGGGAUGUUACUUGGAAGAUGGGUUUAUUAUUUGAAAGUGGUAAUUUUUCGAAUCCUGGAGAUGCUCCGCGUGUUCCACCAAGUGUGCCUCAUUACAAUGUGCAGUUAGUGAAUCCUGAAGAAGUUCAUGAUAUUCCGAAUUAUGACUCUUAUGAAGGUUUUAGGAGCAAUUUUAUUCACAUGGCUAUUGGGGUUUAUUCCUCAGGUAAAGAUGCUUCUAACCAUAUCUACCUUGGUCCAGUCUCGGUUGGCCACUUUUUGACGUGGUGGAAAUUAUUCAAUACGUACACAUCAGGCCCUAUCAGACAGGGUCCAUUAUUUUCUGCAUUGGUUCAGAAUAAAACUAAAUUCACGAGGUCUCUGUUUAGUUUCAAAUACCAACUACACCUGGAACCAUUGACUGUUUCUCAUAUAUAUAGACACUUUACUCCCCAUGAAUUAUCUGAUAAAGACGAGAAAACUGUUUUUACAGGUGUUAAAGCAAGAAUAAACUCUUUGAAAAUUGACUUACAUCAAAAAAGAAUAAAAUUAACCCACAGAAACGAAAAACUUAACAAGUCUAAACCUGUUUGGAAAUUCAGAAUGUUUACUGGGGAAAUUGAUUGUACUGAAGUAGAUCUAAGAAUGAUUUCUGCUACAUUUGAUCAGACGGACUUAAAAGAAGCAAUUUCGAAAUCGGCGACAACCGGUCUUUCGAUAGACGAAGAGGCUUUUAGACAAAACGAUUGGUUCAACUACGAAGAUUAUUUGGACCUUGACCAGCUCUCAUUGAAAUCCACCAUUCCAACUAGGUUUGAUGCAAUCCCUGUAUUGUUUUCACCAAAAGUAUCCUAUUUCAGGAAAUUGAACGACGAUGGCUAUCCAGUAAACUUUCCGUUUGGAGAUGAACAGUCGCAUGAUUGUAUGAUAGGUAAAAACCAUCCUGAGAAGGCGCAAGCAGUACUUGCUCAAAAUAGAAAAAAGGAAAUUGAAAGUCAGAUCAGGAGUUUGGAACUAUCUUUAAGUAAUCUUGGAUCUGUUCAUGGUUCCAGUGUGGAAAAGAAUAAAAAUGUCGAAAAAUUGAAAAAACAGUUACACGAGUUAGAACAUCGCUUACACAUAAUUCAUGAUAUUCUAAAUGACUUACGUUUAUCUGAAGUUGUAAGCCACACAUAUGAUAGUGAUUCUGCAGAGAGUUCAUUGAGCAGUUCUGUCAGUACCGAUAGUAACUCAACCAAAGAUGAACAAAAACCGGUAAGCCUGGAUCUCCUUAGAACAAAUACAAUCGACUCAUUUAUUUCAAUGAGAAGAGCAUCAACUGUCCAAAUCCAAUCUACUUAUGAUAACAGAUUCAUGGUUCAUAAUAUACAAUUGAAAGUCGAUAAAACAAUAAGAGAUCUUUUGUUAGAAUAUGCGUCGAAAGUUUUCGAGAGGAGGACGGUUAGUUAUGCUAUUACUUAUAAUUCAAUUAAAAUAUUUAAGGAGCUUUUGAGCAAUGUAUUGACUACUGUUAAAACUCAUCUUGGUGAUAUGGGAAUAUUUGAUGAUGAAGAAACAAUAUCCAAUAGAGAAUUUAUUAAAAGGUUUGAUGAAUUAGUUAAAGAUGUACCAGAUGAUCGUUUUGAAGCAACAGAUCGUUAUCUUUUCAGAUUAAUAUCUCCACAAAUACAAAUUACAUCCGAACUAGAACCGAAUACCACUGUUCUUGUAUCUGCUCGUGACAUUGAAGUUGGAAUAAUUGAUAUCAAUCAAGUCAUGAGGAAAUCUGGAAAAAUGUUAGCUAUGGAUCUAAAUACUGCGGUUGAAACUCGUUAUUGUGCCAUCGCAAAGGAUCUUCAACUAAUAACUUUGUACAAAGAAAAACUACUUAACUCAGAAACAAGAUUUUUCCAUAAAAAUGGUUAUGGUAUGGAUGCAUGGUCUGAUUUCUGGCCUCCAUGGAUUCCACUAGAAGUUUGUUACGAUGGGUCACUACUUUCUGAUCAUAUAUUUUUAAAGAGAAGAUCAAUGUUUUUGACGUUUACGCAACCUAACUCUCUAUAUUUUGGGGACGAAGAUAUAUCAACUUUAUCGAAGGAUUCAAAGUUCAGAAUAGGGUUCCCUGGUUUAGUUCUGACCUCAAAUUCAGAACAGUACUGUUCUGUAUACUCAAUAAUUCAAGAUUUAUUAACGUUCAGUUCAGAGUAUGACGAAAAAGUAGAAAAGCUUUCAAAGCUUUUAUUAGCUGAGGAAAUUAGAAACAAUUUAGAAAAACUAGACGUAUCAGUACUUGCUGAUUUACAGAGACAGAUAAAGGAAUUGUAUUACACAAGAGCCUUCCUAAAACAGUAUAAACCAAAAACAUACGCAAGGGUGGCUGAUCAAAUGAAAGAACAAGGUCAUAUGACUGCUUUGAAAUUAACAGUAUUAAUGACAGCUAUUAAGAAAAAUUAUGAUACGAUGUGUGGUAAAAAGAGUUCAACAAAUGGUCAGAAGUUAACAUGGGUUGUGGGUACAGACGAAUUGAUCUGGAAGUUAUUUGAUGACCAAAGUAAGCCAUUUAUUACUAUUGGGUUAAGUCCAUCUACAUUCACAAGAACUGAGACAUCUGAUGGUGUAAAUAGUAAUAAGGUUAGCAUCAAUGCAUUGAAUUGUUUCAAUCAGCAAGGAAAUCCGGUGUUUUCACAGUUGUUAGCGCCUUUUAAGGAGAAUAAUCUAUAUGAUGAAUCGAUACCUAUGAUUGAAGUAUUUUGGAUCCAACGUCCACCAAUUGGUGGUAUAUCAAGUCUCGAGGAAUUAGUUGUUAAACUACAACCAAUUAUUUUUAAAAUGGACAACAACACUGCAAAUAGUAUUAUGGAAUAUUUAUUCCCCAAAGUUGACUCAAAUGAUAGUGAUAAAGCCUCACAUAGCAAUGAACAUUCACCCUCAACCAUGGGGACAAAUAUCGUUUCUCCAAGAUCUAGUGACAGUUUCAGUAAUAUAUCAGGUGUUACUUCUGUGAAUAAAGAGCUAGUUUCGUGGGAUCUAGGUAGCACUACCAAUAAUAGUACCAGAAGUCAACACAAUCAUCUUAAAAUAUUAAAUAAUCCGAAGACUAGUACAAGCUCCAUUUUUAAACCCCACGAAUAUAAUAUUGAUGAAAUGUUAAAGCGUUCAGGAACGUAUUUCAAUGUUAAAUUUAUCAAAAUAGAAAAAACAAUAAUGUCUGUUUCAUACAAAGGUAGUCACCAUUUACUAACAGAUGUAAAUCGUCUGAAUGUUAGAGUUCCUGAUUUAACAUAUAGGGAUAAACUUUGGUCAAGGGAUGAAUUUAUUGCAUCUUUAAAACAUGACAUUAUAAGAGUAGUUAUGAGAAACAUGGGUAAUAUUAUUGGAAAUAAAUUUAUAUUGCAUAAGAAAGAGGAUAAAUCAAAGAUCACUGGUGAUAUGAACAGUAUUAUUGAUGCGGAAGAAAGGGACUCAAAUGUAACACCGACGCUAUUUACAGAAGCCAACAGGUCAAAUUAUUCCAUUUCUCUAUCGAAAGGAUCAUCGUCUCAUUCAAAAAUUGUAAAUUUCAAAAAAUUGAGAGAGAGUAUAUCUCGUUCAAAAUCCAAUGAAGAAGAAGAUCCAAACAUUAAACCAUUUUUUCCAUCAAAUAAUUCCUAA